AUGACAGGAGCAACCAACAAGAUCGACAUACCCGAGUCGUCCGUGACGGUUGACGUAUCAAUCAUCAACAGCACCUCAUGGGUCGGCAACGUCCCAUACUGGUUCUCGAUCAAACCGGUGUAUCCAGGACUCGAACUCAACGGCGGGCCCAGCUACGCAUUCUACAUCCACCACCGGCCAUCGGACUCGCGGCUACUCUUCGACCUCGGCGUGCGCAAGGACUUCCGCACGCACCUAAGCCCGCAUCUCCUAAAAGCCAUGGAGAAGGUGGGCAUGCAGAUCAGCGUCGAGAAGGAUGUGUCGGAGAUUCUGGCUGAGCAUGGCGGCGUGCAGCCUGGGGAUAUUGACAGCAUUAUCUUCAGUCAUCAUCACUUCGACCACGUCGGAGAUACCACCAAGUUCCCAGGCACGACGAGGCUGGUCGUUGGGCCAGGGUAUAAGCAGCGGUACCUGCCGGGAUAUCCGGAAAACCCUGAGGCGGCGGAGACAACAACGGAUACGUAUGAAGGAAGGGGGACGGUGGAGAUCGAGUUUGCAGAGAAUGACCACCAGGUGUCAACGAUCGGGAAGUUCAAGGCGUAUGAUUAUUUCGACGACGGGAGCUUUUACCUCCUGAGUACACCUGGGCACACGGUCGGACAUUUGUCUGCACUCGCUAGAACGACAGCAAGGGAGAAAGAUGGAGAGUCGACGUUUCUUUUCCUCGGCGGCGACAUCGCGCGCUCCUGCAUGGUCUUCCGCCCGACUGAGAAGUACCCCUUGCCAGAAACGAUCUCGCCCGCCCCCAACAGCAGCCUUGCGCUCACAAACCUCAAUGCAUCAUCAUCAUGCCCCGGAGACUUCUUCGCAUCGAUGCACCGUCUGCGCAACGAGGAAAACGGCGCUCAUAAAUCUCACACCACACCCUUCUGCCUCGCCGCCGGACCCGAUGAAGACCUCGCCGAGUCCCAGAGAAGCGUGGACAAGCUGGCGGGUUUUGACGGACAGGAGAACGUCUUGACGAUUCUGGCUCAUGAUAAUUCUUUACUGGACGUGCUGGAGUACUUCCCUAACACGGCGAACCUGUGGAAGAGGAAGGGGUGGGGGCCACAGGGCCAUUGGCGGUUUUUGGCGCCUUUGAUGAAGGGGAAGGGGGCUGAGGAGGAUAAGGAAAAUAAAGGGAAGGAGAGCUCGCAUCUGUGA